AUGGCCGGCACAAAGCGCACACGCGAUGACGAUGAUACAGACGACGGUACGCCGCGAAAACUUCGCGCUCGCAUCGCAGAUGGCCCACCCGAAGAGCAGGCCUGGUCGGAAGUUCAGACGCCAUCAAGAAGAAACAAAACACUCCUUCUAGCAGAGAAUGGCACACCGAGAUCCAUUCUCAAAAAGAGUGGUUUAGCAAAUGGCAUCACUGUUACGCCCAAGUCCUCGAGAAAGCUUCUAUUCGAUACACCUACCAAGCCCGCUACAAGCGACUCCCCAAAUGGCACGCCAACCCUUGUACGCAAUGCAGAUCGCAGCGCCCGAAGGAAGAGCAACAGACGGAUCCUUGAACGCACAAUCCAUGGCGAGGAUAGUGAUGAAGACGUCUUGGACGAGGAGGAUAUCCUGGCGGAGCAAAUCUUGGGCGACGAUGGAGGCGAGGUUGAGACAGGUGCUGAAGAGACCGUGGAAGAGGAGAUGGCAGUACCCGAGACACCCUCAAAGCGUGGAAGAGGCCGACCAAAAGGCUCAGGCAAAGUGGGAAGGCCAAGAAAACAACGAUCACCUACACCUCCGACAGAGCUGCCUUCGCAUGAACAAUACUUUUGGCAAAACCGCCCUGGGGCUACCAAGACCUCGAACAACACGCUGGCUGCACAAAGCCUGCUCAAUCAUGACGAGUAUUACCAAGCGAUACAAUCUUACCAAGACCGCCAUCAACCUGAAAUGGACUUUUUAAUGGAGUUACACGGCCGUGCAUACGACCAAUGGAUUUUUGAGCUCGAAGAAGGCUUUAAUAUCUGCCUAUACGGCUACGGCUCGAAGCGCAUCAUCACCGAACGAUUCACUGGAUGUCUAUACCAACAUCUUUUGAACCAAGAUCCCUACAAAGGGACCAAGAAAACGCCAAAAAUCGUCGUGAUCAACGGCUACGCGGCCGGCACGACAAUGAAGGAAGUGCUUAGUACUGUUGCGGCUACCUCACUCGCACCAAACAUCAAAUUGCCCAAUCAGCCUACCGCCUUGCUCGAAUUGAUACUGGACACUCUCUCGAACAAUGCACCUUCGCACCCAGUGCCAAUCAUACUCAAUUCAAUUGAUUCGCCUCAUCUCCGCAAGUCCCCAGCACCGUCGAUGCUGGCUAGAUUAGCAGCGCAUCCUCAGAUAAGCCUUGUCUGCACCGCCGACACACCCAACUUUCCCCUACUAUGGGAUGUAGGCUUGAAAACACAGUACAAAUUCCUCUUCCACGAUGCCACCACAUUUGCCCCAUACAGUGCUGAAAUCGACACCGUCGAGACCGUCAACGAAUUGCUGGGUCGCAGCGGCCGCCGCGUCGGCGGCAGAGACGGUGUCGGCUUCGUCUUGCGCUCGCUCCCCGAGAAAGCACGGGAGCUCUUCCAGGUGCUCGUCAUGGAGCAACUCGCACUCUCCACCACGGACGGCGGCGAAAUCGAAGAUGAAGACGAGGAAGACCAUAUCCCCAGAUCCAGGAAAUUCGGACAGACUAGCAAAUCGGGUUCUGCGCAUGCGGCGCAAGGUGUCGAAUACAGAGUCCUGUACCAAAAGGCCGUCAAUCUCUUCGUCUGCUCCAGCGAAGUCGGCUUUCGCUCUUUACUCAAGGAAUUCCAUGACCAUCAGAUGAUUGAGAGUCGCAAGGAUGCAAUGGGAACCGAAACCCUGUUUGUACCGUUUAGACGCGAGGAGCUCGAGGGGUUGGCAGAGGAUUUGGCAGUCGAGGUGUUUUGA